UCAAACGCAGAAAAAUCUUAAGCCCCUCUUCACCCCAAAAACACACUACCCAAAUCACGACAAAUUGCUUUGUCGAUUACAUGGAGGAUCCAAAUCAAUCCUUCGAUCCAACUUUAGUCCCGCUUACAAAUACAAUUGGCAAAGAACUCCUUGAAUCUUCCCAGAAAACUACCAAAUCCUUGUUCCCCGCUCGCAUUUACAGGGUGCCUGAAGAUCUUCGUGAGCUCAACAAAAGCGCCUACAUCCCUCGUAUCAUCUCUAUCGGCCCUCAUCACCGCAAAGAACACCUCGAAACACCUAUGCAAGACGUCAAAAAGUAUUACGCCAAUUACGUAUUUACUCGAGUGACGGCAGGAAUGAACAGUGAUGACCAAAAACGCAAGAAAAAAACAGAGCUGCUGCUGAAAUGUGUGGGAAAAAUGAAGCAGAGCGUAGACAGGGCCAAGAAAUACUACGCAGAAGAACUAAAGCUGGAUGAUGACGAUAUGGUGAAAAUGAUGUUAGUCGAUGGUUGCUUCAUCCUUGAACUUCUCUACGCCUACCAUACUAACAAAUCCAAAGCAGCAGAAGAAAAGACAACAAAUAGAAGAGACAGUGGCAACCCAAAGGCAUGGAGUAGCGUUCAGAAUCCUAUUGAUGGAGGAGAGGAUGGCAGCAAAAGCAGCAGCAGCGGCGGCGGCUGCGAACAACCAGGGGCAGAUCAUCGGUUUGAUCCUAUCAUCGAUAACAUUUUGACUGCCAACAUGAUCAAACAAGACUUGAUCCUCCUCGAGAACCAGAUUCCUUUCUUCGUACUUGAAGAGUUGUUCGAACUCAUAGUGGAUAAGAUCCCCGAGGAAAACAAGUUAUCAUCACUCACCGAGUAUGUCGUUUCAUACUUUGACGACAUUAUGAGACCAGAAGCUGAAAAUAGUGAUCAUAGCAAGACGAAAACUUCUUGUGGUUUGCCUGAUGAACGUGUCCUCCUGGUUUAUGAUUCUACAAAAGAAACUGAAGACGGAAAAAAAGAGUCUAGCAAAGCUAACGACUACUACUAUCAUAUUCUCCAUUUCCUACACGAGUAUUACCUUCCAAAAGGGGAAAAUAAGGAUUUACCCAAAAAAAAAAGGGAAAAUAAGGAACCCGUAGAAGAAAAAAUAGAAAAGAAGUUCAUUGGAUUAGAGGUUUCUGCAUCAGACCUCGACUUUUCAGGAGUCAAGUUCGUAUCUGUUGAGGGAAACGUUAAUCUAUUUGACGUCAAUUUCAAAGAACAUAAAGGCCCAUUUUGGUGGUUUUGUCCAGCCAGAUUUGAAAUCCCGGCUCUUGUUGUACAUGACCCCACAGAGCCACUCCUUAGAAACCUCAUUGCCUUGGAACAGUGUUGCCCUGGGGUUCGGCGAUACUUCACAUCCUACGCAAAGUUCAUGGACAUGUUAAUUAGCUCUAAGGAAGACGUCAAAGUUCUUAAGAAAGCCAAAGUCAUAUGCAACCACUUGGGAGCGGACAAGGACGUAUCUGAUCUGUUCAACAAGCUGUGCAAGGAAGUUGUAACAGGGGAGUUCUAUUUCAAAGACCAGUACCAACUUGCAUACAAUUAUAGUAAACAUAGGUGGCCGAAGUUGAUGGCAUACUGGAACCGUACGUACUUUUCUUCUCCAUGGAGGUUCAGAGCUGUUUGCGUGGCCAUUAUCCUUUUUGGCAUGGGGCUUACUCAGUUCAUCCGCAGUUUCCUUAAAUAAAUGCCAAUGAUCACGAACCUAUCAGUGUUUCAAGUAUUAGUUGCUGUGAAGAUUGUCUAUCUGAUCAAAGGGAGUUACUUGAUUGAUUUAGAGAUUGAAAGCUACCGAAGUCUCCGAUUCACUUCCCCUAUCUAUCUAUUUCUAUAUAUUAGUAUGUGUGCUGUGCUUGUACUCUGUGUGUAAGAAAUAAGAGUGACUAAGUGAGUGAGUGAGUGAGGAAUAAAGAAACAGAGUGAAACGUGAGAACCCAACUGUUAGGGUUUGUGAACUUAAUUUGUCAGUUUGAGUGAAAGAUUAUAAUAUAUAACUGAUCGAGCAAUAAUAUGUGUGUUUGUGUGUGUAA